CGUCCGUCCUAUAAUCCUCCCCCCCGUUAGCAGAGCUGGUCGGCGGAACGUGGCUAACGGUUAGCGGCUAACAGCGGCGCCCCCCUCCCGGUUGGGUUCGGUUCGGUUCUGAGCGGGACGACAGACAGCAGGCGACCCCCCCCCCCCUCCAAAAACAAAAACAUGUCGGACCACAAGCGCCUCGCCUUCUCCAUGAUCCAGUUCCUCCACCAGCAGCUGAGGGCGGGGAACUUGAGCGCCGGGGCGCAGGAGAGCCUGGAGGUGGCCGUCCAGUGUCUGGAGACGGCGUUCGAGGUGUCCACCGACGACCAGUCCCUCGCCGUCCCGCUGACGUUACCGGAGAUCUUCGCCGCCGCCACGUCGACGUCGUCGUCCUCGUCGCAGGCGAACAACAACUCCCUGAGCGAGGAGCAGCAGGCGGAGGCCGAGCGGCUGAAGAGCGACGGCAACGACCAGAUGAAGGUGGAGAACUUCUCGGCGGCCGUGUCCUUCUACUCCCAGGCCAUCGCCAUCAACCCCCACAACGCCGUCUACUACUGCAACAGGGCAGCAGCUCUGUCUAAACUGGGGAACUACAGCGGGGCGGUUCAGGACUGUGAGCAGGCCAUCAACAUCGACCCCCAGUACAGCAAGGCCUACGGACGCAUGGGCCUGGCCCUGUCGUCCCUCAACAGACACUCGGAGGCCGUCUCCUUCUACCAGAAGGCUUUGCAGCUGGACCCCAGCAACGAGACGUACCGCAGCAACAUGAGGAUCGCCCAGGACAAGAGCCAGGACGGGCCGUCUCCGGGAGUGGGCGGAGUCGACCUGGCCGGACUGCUGAGCAACCCGGGGUUCAUGAACAUGGCGUCGUCUCUGAUGAACAACCCUCAAGUCCAGCAGCUGAUGUCCGGGAUGAUGACGGGGGCGUACGGCGGGGCGGGCGGCGCCUCGGCGCCCUCGGGGGCGGGGCCCGACGGCGGGGCGGCGGCGGCGGCGGCGGCGGCGCCAGGGGGCGGAGCCUCAGCCACCGGCGACCUAUCAGGACUCAUCCAGGCCGGCCAGCAGUUCGCCCAGCAGAUGCAGCAGCAGAACCCGGAGCUGAUCGAGCAGCUGAGGAGCCAGAUGAGGAACCGGACGCCCAGCUCCGGCAACGAGGAGCAGCACUGAUUGGACGGCCCCCGGACACGCCCACUUAUAGCCCCGCCCUCCCACCCUCCCUCCCUUCUCUUU